CGUAUGUAUAUUGUGGACUCACUGACGCAUGUUUUCAUGUCGUGGCAGACGGCAGAGCCCGAACACGAGCAAGCGAGGUCUCGGAACGCCAAGGCUCAAGGAAAAAGCGCCGUCUUCGGCACCUCCAGCGAUUCCCUCGCCCCGAGUCAUCGACGAGACCCCAACCGAACAGUUGGUAUCAUCGCGUUCAAUGCUGCCGCCGCUGGUUCUCCCUGGAGCGCAGCCAACCGCUCGAACGAAUAAAACACCACGAAAAACACCGCGACAACCUGCGGCGGACGACGAGGUGAAGAGCUCACGUUCUUCCAGUGCAAGAGGCAACAAACCCACCCCACGAGCCUCCACGGCAGCUGAACUCGAGCUCACUCCGCUGUCAUCUGCACGGGCAGCUGCAUUGAUCUACGCCCAGCAGCCUUCAUCGUCACGACGCCACCACCACCAUCAUAAAGCUAAAAAGCUGCGCGACUCUGCGUCUCAGACAACUCCUCCACCAUCCCCACCCUCUACCAGUCUAGCACUCCAGCCUUUACAAGGAACUCAUAGCGACAGCAACGGCAGUGAACUGUCAAGGAUAAAUUGCAAGCACUCACCUCGUGAUCAAUCGCCACUGGAAAAUGGCAUCGAACAGAAGAGUGACGGAGGCAACACACUGCUUGUUCCGCUAUCGAAAACCUCCGCGAUAUCUCCGUCUGCCAGUUCCAGAACCUCAAAAUCAACGAGUCCGUCAAGGUACAGAAGUCGUGGAGAUGGCCACAGUCUUAAAGGACAAGGCAGUCCCAAACGUUCCGGGUACUGCCAGCGGUGCGUCUUCGAAGGUCGUUCCUGCAAGAUCAACGACUGCCUCAAGCACCAACUUCUUAAAUGACACGAUACAGUUUAGCACUAUCAAAGAAUCGAUUAACGAAUACUAAAGUGGCCCAUGAAGAGGAGA